GAGCCAAACCGCGUCCUGUCCUCUUUAAAACACGUUUCAAGUUUUAUAGAAAAUACAUUGUAUUCUCCACUUUACUUUUUAUAUUUUUAUAGUGUCAUUGGAUGUGUGACAACAACGUUAUAGUCACGGCUGUUUCAGAAAUCAAUGUCACUUUUUUUUCUUUCAACUUUGCCCCGGAAAUGUUUUGGGAUUUAUUGCUAGCCUUUUUGGGAGUUUUUAUGUUCCUAGUUGUUAGCGUAUGCCACAUUAGAAUGUCAAUGGCCGAUAAAAUACUCUAAUUCACUGAUCAAUGAAGCCGUUGGUCAGCAAUGGCUGUCGUGUCGUGGAUGGAGAUCUUGCUUUUGACUGGACUGGUGGUGGGGUGUUACUGGAACAGCCUGUCCUGCGGCUUUGUGUUCGAUGAUGUCUCAGCCAUCCUGGACAACAAGGACCUGCGGCCUGCCACCCCUCUCCGUAACCUCUUCCUCAAUGACUUCUGGGGCACGCCCAUGGCUGAGGAGCGGAGCCACAAAUCGUACCGGCCCCUGACAGUGCUCACCUUCCGUCUGAACUAUCUCUUCAGUGAGCUGAGUUCUGCAUCCUACCACCUGCUCAACGUGGGGCUGCAUUCUGUGGUGUGUGUGCUUUUUCUGAGGUUCUGCCGUCUGUUCUUGGACAAGACCUCCAGCCUGGUUGCGGCCCUGCUGUUUGCUGUCCACCCCAUCCACACAGAGGCCGUGACUGGUGUCGUAGGAAGAGCGGAGCUCCUGUCCUCCAUCUUCCUCCUGGCGGCGUUCCUGGCCUACACCAGAUCUAAUGGAGCUGACCAAUCCAUUGUGUGGACUCCCAUUGCUGUGACUGUUGUUCUGGUGGCUGCAGCCACUUUAUGCAAGGAACAAGGCAUCACAGUCAUCGCCAUCUGCUGUGUCCACGAGGUGUUUGUUGCACAAGGGUUCACACUGCCCAUGCUGUUGGAUACACUCCUCCAGGUGCUGAGGGGUAAAGAUGGUUUCCCCUAUGCUGUCCUUCAGACGCUUCUCAAGCUCAUCGUCCUCAUCAUCAGCACCUUGCUGUUGGUCAUCAUCAGGGUCCAGGUCAUCCAAUCACAGCUUCCUGUUUUUACCAGGUUUGACAACCCCGCGGCUGUCAGCCCGACUCCGGCCCGGCAGCUGACCUUCAACUACCUGCUGCCAUUGAAUGCCUGGCUCCUUCUGAACCCCUCGGAGCUCUGCUGUGAUUGGACCAUGGGUACCAUUCCUCUGGUGGAAAGCCCUCUAGACCUGAGGAACCUGGCCACCCUGGCCUUCUACAGCCUGCUGGGCCUGCUGGCCUUCCACAGCCUACGCCACUCACACUCUUCCGCCAAGACUGUCCUCAUGGCCCUGUCUUUGAUUGUUCUCCCCUUCAUCCCAGCCUCCAACCUCUUCUUCCCUGUGGGCUUUGUGGUGGCAGAGAGGGUGCUCUAUGUGCCCAGUAUGGGAUUCUGUGUCCUCGUGGCACAUGGCUUCAGGAUUGUUUCCCAUAAGAGACACUUGAGGAAGAUCUCCUGGCUGAUGAUUGGAGUCCUCCUCGCCACGCACGCAGUCAAGACCUUCAACAGAAACUGGGACUGGGAAUCUGAAUAUACACUGUUUACCUCAGCCCUAAAAGUCAACAAGAACAAUGCCAAGCUAUGGAAUAAUGUUGGUCAUGCUCUGGAAAAUCAAAACAAUUACGAAAAAGCUCUGAGAUAUUUCCUUCAGGCCACCCGGGUCCAACCAGAUGACAUUGGAGCCCAUAUGAAUGUGGGAAGGACCUACAAGAACCUGAAUAAGUCCAAGGAGGCUGAGGACGCCUACCUGGUUGCCAAAUCCCUCAUGCCACAGAUCAUUCCAGGGAAGAAGUACGCCACCCGUGUGGCGCCCAACCACCUGAACGUGUACAUUAACCUGGCCAACCUGAUCCGUACCAACGACUCACGGCUGGAGGAGGCUGACCAGCUCUACAGACAGGCCAUCAGCAUGAGGCCCGACUUCAAACAAGCCUAUAUCAGCAGAGGGGAGCUACUGCUGAAGAUGAACAAGCCGUUGGAGGCCAGGGACGCCUACCUGCGGGCCCUGGAGCUGGACAGCACCAACGCUGACCUCUGGUACAACCUUGCUAUCGUCAACAUCGAGAUGAAGGAGCCCUCAGAGGCCCUGAAGAAUUUUAACCAUGCCCUGGAGCUCAACCCACGCCACAAACUGGCACUCUUCAACUCUGCCCUGCUCAUGCAGGAAUCUGGUGAGCCCAGGUUCCGUCCGGAGGCCAAUCGUCGUUUCCUGACCUAUGUCCAGGAGGAGCCAGAUGACGCCAACGGCUACUUCAACCUAGGCAUGCUGGCCAUGGAUGCCAACGAGAACACUGCGGCCGAGCGCUGGAUGAGGGAGGCCAUCCGUCUACAGACAGGCUUCCGUAGCGCCCUCUUCAAUCUGGCCCUGCUCUACUCGCAGUCCCGACGGGAGCUGGAUGCCCUGCCUGUAUUAGAUGAGCUGCUACGCCACCAUCCAGAGCAUGUUAAAGGUUUGAUUCUCAAGGGGGAUAUCCUGAUGAACCACAAGAAGGACACCCAGGGGGCCAAGGUCUGCUUCCAGAGAAUCCUCAGUAUGGACCCCACCAACGUGCAGGGGAAACACAACCUAUGUGUGGUCUACUUCGAGGAGCGAGACCUGCCGAGAGCGGAGCGGUGCCUGGAGGAAACGCUGGCCCUGGCACCCCAUGAGGAGUAUGUGCGUCGCCACCUGGGCAUCGUGCGCGGUAAGAUGGCCGCCAUGUCCGUGGCAGGGCAGCCGCUGAGCCCAGCAUCAGCAGAGGGCGCAGCUACGCCAUCCAUGAAGGAGGAAAAGAAGGGGGGAGGAGGAAAGGAAGAGGAGGAAGGGAGGGGAGCCACUGGCAGUGCUGGGGCCGGGAGUAAGAAGAAUGUACGGAAAUCCUCCUCAGCAGAAAGCCUCAGUGGCAACAGCCAGUCAGAGCUUCUUGAUGACGGCCAGGCUGAUAAGCAGCAGCGGACUAAGAGCAAAUCCACAAAAGAGAUUAAAGACAUAGAAAAGAAACGGGCGGCCGCCUUGAAGAGACUUGAGGAGAUUGAGCGCAUAUUAAGCGGUGAUUAACCUUAUUUACCGCAGUGCAGGACUACUUUUUGGUAGAGCUAGUUACAGCUCCUGAAUCACAGAUGUGAUGCGUCCCAAAUGGCACCCUAUUCCCUAUAUCAGCAGGCAAGGCCCCUUGCACCACUUUUGACCAGGGCCCAUAGGGUAGUAGCCCAUAGUAGUGCACUAUAUAAUAAUUAGGGUGGCAUUUCGGACACAGCCAUAAAGAUGUUUUGGUUUUCAUAAACAAAUGCCCUCAUUUCAUCAUGCAUGCUUUAACUCCUUUGAUUGUUUGUUUGUUUUGUUUAUCAUGUUUACAGGCUGCCCUACCUGCUGCGUUCCCUUACAGGCUGUCCUACCUGCUGUGGGUUUUUUCUGAAUGGCAUUUUAUCGUAUGCUAAUUAUUUAUGCUUGUUUCAUUUGCUACGUUUACUAGCCUACUUGUUGAUCACUGGAUUUUAUUCGAUUUUUGUGUAACUCACUCACUUUUUUUUUUUUUAAGGAAUGAUUGCAUCACAAACAAUUAAAGGAAAUGACAUAAAGGAAAUGACAUAAAGAACACCUCAUGGCCCACUUCAGGCAGGCAGGAUCUCUGUAUGUUGUAUGCAUCUCCAAAUAACCCAUUACUACAGCUGCUUCACCUGCAUAUUAUACUACAUUACACCCCACGGUGCAGACAGACGCCAAGCCCCGCCUCCUCUGACAUCUUCCAUCUACUAUUUUCCCUUAUUGAUCUCACCCUGUGCUUCCUGAUUUCCAUGCCGUCAGUGUUGCUCUGCUCAUAGCACAGCCCUUAUCUUACAGUGAUGCCAUUCGGAGCUGUUGUCUCAUAUUCAACCCCCACACACACACCUACCCACACACACCAACCGACCCGCUACAAGACAGGUGUAUGGUUUCCUGUUUGUUGCCUCAGAGCAUAUUAGUCUUCACGUAUCAUACUGUAUAUCUUACUUCAGUAAUAACAGCAUUAUUUGUGUGAGGAUUGACAUAUGCUCCCCCCCUCCUCAACCCUCUCCCCUCCACCCUCUUCACCUCUUUCCUCACCCCUCCCAUGUUCUUCCUCAAGAUGUGUGCCAUGUGUUGUUUCUCAUUUACACCGGAAGAUUCCUCUCUCAAUGAGAGAUGAUUUCACAGCACACUUCUUGUACUGAACUAGGCCCAUUUUUUCAAAAGCAUUUUAAGGCUAAGUUUCUUAGAACAAGAGUAAAAGAAAGAGGAUUCUAUCUCCCUCUGUAGCUCACAUCGUUGACCUUGUUCUCUCUCUCGCGCACACUCUCGCCCUCUUUCUCGCUUUCUCUCUCUCCAUCUCAUGAACAUCAAGUCUAACACAUACAGUGAAUGUAAUAAAUAUCACUAGAUUUUCCCACACUCGUCUUGCUCUUGCACUCAUCUGAAUAAUGUUUUUUCAACAUUGGAUUGCUCCACCGUUUGAUGCUAUCUUGAUUUUCUUUGUGUGUCAUUCUCUCGUACACGAAGAUUGUCGUUGAGUUGGAACUACCUGGAAUGUCAUGAGGAAACAAAAAGCGAUUAUUCCAGCCUAUUGUUGUUUAGCUUUUAUCAUCUUAUUUAACCCCUCAGUGUACUGUGAUGUUUUGUAUCCUGGUGAUUAGUUA